AAGGAGAGUGCACGGAACCCAAACAGUUGGGUCUCCUCUCGAUCUAAAAUUACGCUUUCCUCCCCUUCUCACCCAAAGCUCCAAGGAAUCUCCCCCGCGUCCUCUCUUUUCCUCUUUCCCCUUUCCCUCCCUCCAUCACAAAUCAGUCUCAGAUUCUUUUUUUUUUAAUUACAUAAUGGCCAGAAGCAAGAUAGAUGAUGACUGGGAGUUAACCUCCUCGGGCAAUGGUGUGAGUACUGUGGUUGUUGUUGGAAAAACUGGAAAUGGCAAAAGUGCAACUGGGAAUAGCAUUCUUGGUAGGAAGGCAUUCUUGUCGCAAUUCAGUCCAGCUGGCGUAACAAAUACUUGUGAAAUGCAGAGCACCAUUCUAAAAGAUGGUCGUACUGUAAAUGUCAUUGACACUCCUGGACUAUUUGAUUUUUCAGCAGGAUCUGAAUUCAUUGGUAAAGAGAUUGUUAGAUGUAUCGAUAUGGCCAAGGAUGGAAUUCAUGCAGUACUUAUGGUUUUUUCUAUAAGAUCACGUUUUUCCAGAGAAGAGGAGGCUGCAAUUCAGAGUCUGCAAACUUUUUUUGGUGAGAGGAUUGUCAACUACAUGAUUGUUGUUUUUACCGGUGGAGAUGAUCUUGAAGGAAGUGGAAUGACCUUGAAGGAAUAUAUAGGUCGUGGGUGCCCGGAGCCAUUACAGAAAAUUCUCCAGUUGUGCAAAAACAGAGUUAUGCUUUUCGAUAAUAAGACAACAAAUGAGAUUAAGCGAGCUGCACAGGUGAAGCAGCUGCUCUGCCUUGUAGAUUCCGUUGUAGCGAGUAAUGGUGGACAACCUUUUUCAGAUGAGAUUUUUGUUGAACUUAAGGAGGGAGCUUUAAGGAUGCAUGAUAGGGAGAAAGAGGUUGAAGCUAUGAAGGGUUAUUCAGAAAAACGGAUAUCUGAGUUGAAGGAAGAGAUCUAUAAGUCAUAUGAUGAUCAACUUGCACGAAUAACAGAGAUGGUGGAGCAGAAGUUAAAACAAACAAUUGAUAGACUUGAGAAACAGUUGGCUAAAGAACAAGCUGCACGACUAGAAGCAGAGAAGCUAUCACAAGAAGCCAGAAUGAGAUCAGAUGAUGAGAUUCGUGAGCUUAGGGAGAGUCUGGAGAGAGCUCGAAAGGAGAAUGAGGAAUUCCGAAAGCGUGCUGAAAGUAUGAAGUGUGCCAUCCUGUGAUGUCAUCUUAUUGGACAAUUAGUUAGAUGGUUGUUUAUAAGGUCAUACUUUUAAUUUUUAUUUGGUUGGGCUUUAUAUGGAACAGUAAGUUGUGGCCGUACUAUCUGUUCUUACUUUAUCAAGCAUGCUGGAAUACAGUUAACUGGCUUUAUAGCAAUGUAAAUGCUGUUAAGAUGCACUCUGCAUUUGCUUUACCGGCUACAAUGGUAGUUUAUUAUUA